AUGGGUGUUCCAGCGUUCUACCGCUGGCUGGCGGACAAGUACCCGUUGAUUAUAGUGGAUGUGAUUGAAGAGGAGCCGCAGGUGAUCGACGGCGUGACGGUGCCGGUUAACACGGUGGAAGCCAACCCUAACGGCGAGUUUGACAAUCUAUACCUUGACAUGAACGGCAUCAUCCAUCCGUGCUUCCACCCCGAAGAUCGCCCGUCCCCCACGACCCUGCACGAGGUGUUUCAGAACAUCUUUGACUACAUUGACCGCCUCUUCGCCAUGAUCCGCCCUCGCAAAGUGCUCUUCAUGGGCAUUGACGGUGUUGCCCCACGAGCCAAGAUGAACCAGCAGCGCUCCAGGCGAUUCCGAGCAGCCAAGGACGCAGCAGACGCUGCAGCAGAGGAAGAACGGUUGAGGAAGGAGUUUGAGCUGGAGGGGCGCAUGGUGCCACCCAAGGAGAAGUCAGAGACGCACGACUCCAACGUCAUCACGCCCGGCACGCCCUUCAUGCAGCAGCUGUCCGUCGCGCUGCAGUAUUAUAUUCACCUGCGCAUCAACCAGGACCCCGCCUGGAAGAAUGUUAAGGUGAUUCUAUCCGAUGCCAACGUGCCGGGCGAGGGAGAGCACAAGAUCAUGAAUUACAUCCGCCUGCAGCGGAACCUUCCAGGCUUCGACCCCAACACACGCCACUGCAUCUACGGACUGGAUGCGGAUCUGAUCAUGCUCGCCCUCGCAACACACGAAGUCCACUUCACCAUUCUCAGAGAGGUGGUGUUUCAGCCCGGGCAGGUGGAAAAAUGUUUUUUGUGCGGGCAGACGGGGCACUUGGCAGCAGAGUGUGAGGGCAAGCCGAAACGCAAGAGGGGCGAGAACGACGAGAAGGAAGGGGGCGUCCCGAAGAAGCCUUUCCAGUUGCUGCAGUGCUGGGUGCUACGAGAGUACCUAGAGCUAGAGUUCCGCAUCCCAGGCGUGGAGAUGGAUCUGGAGAGAGUGCUGGACGACUUUGUCUUCAUGUGCUUCUUCGUGGGGAACGAUUUCCUGCCGCACAUGCCCACGCUUGAGAUCAGGGAGGGCGCCAUCAACCUGCUGGUGUCCAUUUAUCGUCGCGAGUUCACCAACCUGGGGGGCUACCUCACAGAGAACGGCGAGGUGGAUCUGCGGCGGGUGGAGCAUUUCAUUCAGGCCGUGGCGGUGCACGAGCAAUCCAUCUUCAUGAAGCGCGCUCGCAUCCACCAGAGGCAGAAGGAGAGGAGGGUGAGGGACAGGCAGCAGAAGGAGCGCAAUCAGUACCGCAAGGGAGACGAGGCCGCCCCCAACGUCCCCUCAUCCGCCCUGCAGCCACUGCCAGCACCGCAGCAGCCAACACACCACGGGGGGCUGUACAGCCGCAGCGACAUGAACCCUGCUUCCCGCAACUCCUUUGCCCUCCUCGCCACGCCGCUCGCCAACCCCACUGCUUCCACCAACGGAUCGGCGGGGAGCAACCAGGCGGCUGCUGCUGCGCUGCGCGCCAAGCUGGCAGGCCACGCCACGUCAGCAGCAUCGGCCAACCCGGCUGCGCCACCUGUAACGAAGAUGAUGCGUGUGGAUGGUGGUGCUGCUGGCGCUGCUGCUGCUGCCGCCGCAGGAGGGAGAGAGGAGGAGGAGGAGGAUCUACAGGAGGAGCUGAAGAUGAAGCUCAAGUCGGCGCUCAAGGACAAGUCGGACAACUUCGCCGGGGGCAAGGAGCCGGACGACGAGAUCCGGCUGGGUGACGAGGGGUGGAAGGAGCGGUACUACCAGCAGAAGUUUGGCGUGACGUCAUACGAGGAGCAGGAGAGAGUUCGUCAGGACGUGGUCCUAAAAUUCGUGGAGGGUUUAUGCUGGGUCAUGCGGUAUUACUACCAGGGCGUGUGCUCGUGGAACUGGUACUACCCGUACCACUAUGCACCAUUUGCAUCAGAUUUGGUCCACCUAGACGAGUUGGAGAUCCACUUCUUCCUCGGCCGCCCCUUUAAGCCAUUCGACCAGCUCAUGGGCGUCUUGCCUGCUGCUAGUUCCGGCGCCCUGCCUGUGGCAUAUCGCAAGCUCAUGUCGGACCCUGCCUCUCCCAUUGUUGACUUCUACCCCACUGACUUCAGUGUUGACAUGAACGGCAAGCGCUUCGCUUGGCAGGGAGUGGCGUUGCUGCCAUUUAUCGAUGAGGACCGGCUACUGGAAGCCAUCAAGCAAGUCGAGCCUACUCUCACGCCCGAGGAGAGGAGGCGCAACAGCCAGCUGUGCGAGCUAAUGUACUUCUCAUCGGGGUAUCCACUGGCAAAGACGGUGUGGGAGAUGAUGGGCAAGUGGGGGCAGCUCGACGCCAAGGCGCGCUCACACAAGAAACACGCCAUCGACCCCUCCCUCAGCGAUGGCAUGAACGGGUACCUCGUGCUCUGUGACGGCCAGCCCUGCCCACCCAUGCUGCGCGCCCCCAUGUCGGGCUUUGAAACCAUUACCAGCAACCAAGUCAUCUGUGUGGUCUACAAGAAUCCCGACUUCCAUCGCCACAUCUGCCGCCCGCCAGCUGGCGUCAUCUACCCCCCCAAGUUGGUAUCAGAGCAGGACAUCAAGUCGGAGCCGCUGUGGCACGAGGACACGUGGGGGCGACGACGACCGCAGAUACAAGAGAGGAAACCGGUGCAGAACGCAAUAGGAGGGCCCGUCCUAGGGGCGGCAGCCACUCGUCUGCUUCUCAACUCGCUCGGCGCGGCCGGCCGGCAGGGCGGGGCGGCAGCCGCGCAGCUGCGAGAAGCGCAGCAGCGCCUGUCCCACAUGGGCACUGCUGGUCCUGUCCCCCUGCCUGUGCCUCUAGCGGGCGGCAUUCUCCCCGUACAGUCACCCUACAGCCUGUCCGCCCCUUAUAGUCACGCUCAUGCAGGGGGAUACAGUCACGGGCAAACGGGGGGGUACGGUGCGGUGCAAUCGGCAGAUCCUAGGGCACACAAGUGGCAGCACAAGCAGCAGGGGGAUACGGUGGACGAGGGGGGUAUGGGCAAGCGGGAGGGUACGGGAGAGGGGGGUAUGGGGCAGGGCAACAGGGGUAUGGGGGGGGCCAGCAGCAGCAGGGGUAUGGGGGGCAGCAGGGACGGGGGUAUGGGCAGCAAGGGGGGGGGUAUGGGCAGGGGAGGGGAGGGCAAUACAGCCAAAGUAGGCGCUGAUGCUGAUGUGGUUGACGAAGCAGACGGUGCUGCCGGGGUGGUGCUGCUGCACGGUUUUCCCGAGUUCUGGAACACGUGGCACAAGCAGAUUGGUCCUCUAGCCGAAGCAGGCUUUCGCGUCGUCGUUCCGGACCUUCGAGGGUUCGGUGAAUCUUCGCGGCCGGCUGGAAUCGCGUCGUAUAGUCGCCAGCAUGUCUGCGCUGACGUGGCGUCGCUCAUCUCGCACUGCCUCUCCCGUGCGACAGAUGCUGCGACACCAGGUUCUGGCGAUGUCGCCGCUGCGAAUCUCAGCAGCAGCAGCGCAGUCGCUGGUGAUUGUCGCAUGUCGCCGGUAACAACGCUGGGCGAAACUGGUCUGCGACAACGAACCAGCGAGCGUGGCGAUGAUAGACGAAAAGCUGACUUGGUCGGGCACGGGUGGGGAGCCUUCACAGCGUGGGUCAUGGCCAUGGACCAUGCGCACCUCAUUCGCCGAGUGGCAGUGCUCUGUGGGCCGCACCCCCUCAUCUUCCACCACUCCCUGUCCCUCUGGGAGCCCCUUACGCUGCUGCGAUACUUCUACUGGUUUCUCUUCCUCGUGCCAUGGCUUCCCGAAUGGCUUUUGCGACGCAACAACUGUGCGGCCCUGCAGCGAGUGUAUCGCAACGAGCCCCUGUACCCACUGCCUCCUGCCAUGGUGCAGAGCCACGUGGAAGCCUUCUCCACCAAUGGUGUGCUGACAGCUGGCAUCUCGUACCACAGGGCGUUCCUGUGGGGGCUGUGGCGGUUCGGCCGCCCGGUACCCGUGCCGCACAGGGUGCUCGUGCUGUGGGCGGGAAAGGACAAAUACGCCCGCCCGCACAUGGCGGAGCCGCCGCCCGCCCUUGUGCCCAACGCGCAAGUGGUGCAUUUCCCCGAGCUCACAUACUGGAUGAUGUGGGAUGAUCCGGAGCAAGUGAAUUGCCACUUGAUUUCAUUCUUGUCUAAAGACAAUGAGAAAACAGAGCUGUAA